AAACCCCUUAUAUAAAGAUGAUUUUUACGCAGACGGAGGAAAGCUUUUUUGUCGGUUUUGUCAAACCACUGUGGAUCAUGAUCAAAAAUCUAAUCCUCAAAAAACUCCUGUUCAACGUGCAAUUACUACUUUUCAUAAGCCUUAUGAUGAGAAAGAACAAUUUGUUCUUGAUUUUAUUAAAAUAUUAGCCGAGGCUGAUAUAUUUUUUGAAAAAAUUCAGUAUUUUCAAUCUUUUUUAAAAGUACAUUGCAAAUAUG